AUGAGCGACAGGGGUGACGAGGCGCCCGGCACAACCUUUCUGGCCUUUCACAGCGAGGCCGACAAAUGCCAUCCUCAACCGCCAACGGAAUGGAGUGGGCAAGUUCGUCUGUCGUUAUUGACGCCCGACCAACCAAAGAGGUGCCAGCGACCGGUCAAUGCAUGCUGGUCUCAAUACAAAGUCAUACGCGAGCACACCCAGCGCUCUGUAUUGCAAGCACACGCAAAGAUACCUUACGCAACCGCGGGGCUCCGGCUGGAGUGUGGGGUCUGGGACUUGGGGGGGUGCCUGAGCAUCGUCCGGAAAGUCCGGCGACUCGAUCGGUGCUGGGCGCCCGCUCCAAGCUUGCCGGCACCUUCCGCGGCUGCGAGCAUUGAAGAAUCCAUGAGUUUAGCUUGGCGUUGGGGCCUCCCCAGCGUUACCGUCCGCAGUUCCCUCGCCCUCGGCGUCGCACCGGGCGGGUGGAGCACACUAAGCUUUCGAGAUCUCAACACCAGGAGCUCGAUUGGCACGUGCAGAUCCAACCAGACAAGAGCGCAACCUAUAGACAGGAUGCCGACCACACCAUCGGUUCCAUGCCGAGCCCUUUCGAUCACCAGGGCACAAUCCGUAACCAGUCUCGCCAACUCUUCUCGGCCGCAGUCACUCCGUCAUCAACCAUCCUUAGGACCCAAGCUGCCAGCUCCGACCCGCACCUACCACUCUCACGACCACCCCCCUUCUCCCGGGCCCUUCACGCCCUCCGAGGCUGCUCUUCUCGCGGCCGCCUACGCCCACGUCCCUUCCCACGGAUUCACGCCUGAAUCCCUCGCCCUGGGCGCCCGCGACGCCGGCCUGCUAGAUAUCAGCCCAUCCAUCCUGCCCGACGGUGUGUUCAGCCUGAUCCGCUGGCACCUCCACACCCAGCGGACAUCCUUGGCGGACAAGGCGAAAAACGCCGUGGCCAAUGAAGGAGCCACGACGGUCGGGGAGCGGGUGGAGGUGCUGGCGUGGGCGAGGCUGAGAGGGAACGUGGAGAGCGGCGUCGUUCGUCGGUGGCAGGAGGCACUCGCGAUUAUGGCCCAACCCUCGUACAUACCGCCCUCGGCCAAGGAACUCGCGCAGCUAGCCGACGAGAUUCUAUACCUAGCCGGCGACGUGUCGGUCGACCCCACAUGGUACACCAAGCGGGCGUCGCUGUCUGCCAUCUACGUGGGGGCCGAGCUGUUCCAGACAACGGACCAGUCGCCCGACUACCGCGAGACGCGGGCCUUCCUCCGCCGCCGGCUGGACGAGGCGGCGCGGGCGGGUGGCGCGGUGCGGUCGAUUGGGGAGUGGAUCGGGUUUAAUGCCGGCGCGGCGGUGAAUGUGUUGCGGAGUAAGGGAGUGAGGAUAUAA